AUGGCUUCAUCACGGGCUCAUAGAAGUACUUCAUCUUCUUACGAUGUGUUUAUUAAUUUCAGAGGUUCAGAUACUCGCCCAAAUUUUGCCAGUCUAGUUUACUACGCUCUUAGAAAAGAUGGAAUCGAAGCCUACAUAGAUAGUGAAAAACUCUGGGUAGGAUAUGAGAUUUGCUCCUCGCUUCUAGAAGCAAUUAAAAGGUCUGAUAUCUCGAUUCCUGUCAUCUCUCAAAACUAUGCAGAUAGCAAAGAUUGUCUCUUGGAACUUGCUGAGAUAUGGAAAUGCCAUGAAUCUAAUAAGGGUCAAUUCAUUCUUCCAGUAUUCAUUGAUGUUGAGCCACGGGAUGUUCGACCUCUCACCGGAAGUUUUAACAUAGAAUCCAUGUUAAGCCAAAAGAAGUAUAAUCCAGCUGACCUAGAGAGUUGGAAGAAUGCUUUGAAAGGUGGGAGAAUUAAAGGGAUACACUCUCAAGGGGAACGCAACCACCGAGUAAGUCUUACUCUCCUAGCUAAGCAAGUAGUCUUCAUGGAGCAAUUAAAUUUAGUUCAGUCAAUUGUUCAAAUGGUUUCGAGAGAACUACUAAGUCGCACCACCUUGUUUGAAUGUAAACACCCUAUUGGAAGAGAACGCUACAGAGAUGAACUACUUUCUAAAUUAGAUCUUGAUUCCAAUGAUGUGCGAUUUGUGGCAAUAUGUGGCAUGGGCGGUUUGGGGAAGACAACUAUGGCAAAGUUUGUCUAUAAUCACAUCCGCAGAAAAUUUAACGGGAGUAGCUUUCUUGAAGGUGUAAGAGAAGAAGCAUCAAAAGGAAAUCAGGGUUUAGUUUCAUUGCAAAACCAACUUCUUAAAGAUACCUUGAACAUCGACGACAACAUAAGCAUUGUUUCUCAAGGAAAAAAAUUGAUUGAAUGCAGACUUAAGAGAGAAAAAAUUCUUCUUAUUCUUGAUGAUGUGGACCAUCAUGAACAUCUUGAUGCAUUGGCUGGUGGAAUCAAUUGGUUUGGUGAAGGAAGCAGGAUCAUCAUAACAACUAGAUAUGAUGAGAGUUUAAAUGGACAUAGAGCUGAUAAAGAUAUCAAAAUACACAAGCCUGAAGAACUAGGUUUUGAGAAUUCUCUUCAACUCUUUAGUUUGCAUGCCUUUUCAAUGGAUGAACCUCUUGAAAAAUAUAAGCAGCUUUCACAUGAAAUCGUAAAGCUUGCUGGUGGGUUACCCCUAACUCUAGAGGUGUUGGGUUCUUAUUUAUAUAGAAAUGAUGAAGAAGAAUGGAAAUAUGUAUUAAAAGGAUUGAAAGAUAUUAGUAACAACAAGGUCUCAGGCAUGGAAAUACAAAGGUAUGAAGAGGAGGUCUUUGACAGAUUGAUGAUAAGUUACAAGAAACUAAGUCCUCAUGCGCAAACUAUAUUUCUUGAUAUUGCAUGUCAUUUCAAUGGAUGGAAACAAGAAAAAGCAAUUUCAAUAUGGAAAGCUUGUGGGUUGCGGGCAAUAGCUUUCAUAAAAGAACUCACUCGUAAGAACCUCCUAAAGAUUGUCGAUGAUGAUUUGCAUUGGCCAGUGAAUACAGUGAAAAGAUUGAAGAUGCAUGAUCAACUACGAUAUAUGGGAAUGAGAAAUGUCUUGAAAGAGAGUGCUAUGAACCCCACCAAACUUACUAGAAUAUGGUUUCCUGAUGAGAUUGCAAAUAUAUUCAAAAAAGACACGGGAACUCAAAUGGUUGAAGGUAUCAUCCUUGACGAGCAUGUUAAAGAUAGAAUAUUCCAUGGUGAAGAAUUUGUGAAGAUGCCCAAUUUAAGAUUUCUCUAUCUUUCUCAAUUUGACCGCAUUGAUGAUUUUUCGCAUCUUCCUUCUAAAUUAAGAUGGUUCUGUUGGCACGGUUGCCCUUCGACAAUUCUACAAGCCAAUUUUUGUCAUGAGGAACUAGUUCAUCUCGAUUUAUCACAAAGUAAAAUCAAAUUAGCUUGGAAUGAUAUACCUCAAAUUAAUAAUAAGGUGUUCCAACAAUUGACGGUUCUUAUUCUUAGUAGUUGCUGGGAUCUCUCUGUCUCUCCCAACUUCUUCUCAUGGUUUCCAUGUUUGCGGAGAUUGGAUCUUACGAGCUGCGUAUAUCUUUUGGAGCUCUCAGAUAGUAUUUGUCAGAUGGCUUCUCUCAAAAGUCUUAUUCUCGAUAAUUGUAAGUCAUUCAACAAGUUGCCUACGUCCAUAGGUGAACUAACACAUUUGAAAACACUUUCGAUAAGGAGGACAAAAAUUGAAGAAUUGCCUGAUGGUGUAGGGCAGUUAGAGAACACUAAGGAAUUAAAUGCCUCAAAUUGCCAUAAGCUAGUGAGGCUACCAACAUCGAUGGGUAGAAUGAAGAGUUUGCUUCACUUAGACCUGGAAGAUACUAUGAUUUUGGAGUUACCAAAUGAUUUUUCAAACAUCUCAAGCUUAGAGGUGUUAAGAAUGGGUACAGAUGUUAUGGCAUACAACAGGAGGCAUCUACCACUACCAUUAAACAACAUGACUGGUUUUCCUUCUCAGCUUCAGGAGCUAUGUUUGGCAGGCUACAUAAACCUUGAAUCUCUCUCGGGGCUUCCCUCCUCUUUAGCUCUACUGAAAGUUGAGUACUGCAUUUCACUGCCGGUAAUUUCAGAUCUAUCACAACUGAAAUGGCUGAAGAAUUUAAUACUUCAUGAAUGCGGAAAAUUGGAAAGAUUACCAAAUUUGUCUAAAUUGAAAAUAUUGUUGAAAUUACACAUCUGUUAUUGUGAGAAUCUAGAGGAAAUUCACGGCCUCGAAGAAACAGAAUCCUUGGAAGAGUUGAAUGUUAUGUAUUGCCCCAAACUAAGGAAGUUACCGGAUUUGUCAAACCUGAAAAGAUUGAGGAUAUUAACCCUAGAGUGUUGUGAAAACCUAGAGGAAAUUCAUGGCCUCGAAGGUAUAGAACCAUUGGAAAGGUUGGAAUUAGUGUACUGCCGCAAGUUAAGAGAGUUACCAAAUUUGUCAAACCUCAGAAAUUUAAGGAAGUUGGACAUUAGCUAUUGUGAAAACAUAGAGAAAAUUCAUGGCCUCGAAGGAACAGAAUCCUUGGAAGUGUUGGAAGCGUGGAAAUGUGACAAAUUACCGAAGUUACUGAAUUUGUCAAACCUCAAAAAUUUAUGGAAAUUGAACCUUGGUGAUUGUGAAAACUAG